AUGUUAUCUGGUGGUCAGAAACAGCGUAUAGCUAUCGCGCGUGCUCUACUUCGGCAACCCAAGAUUCUGCUUCUGGAUGAGGCUACCUCAGCCCUUGACUCUGAAUCUGAGAAGGUUGUACAGACAGCUCUGGACUCAGCCGCGAAGGGUCGCACAACCAUUGCGGUGGCUCACCGACUAAGCACUAUCCAAAAUGCGGAUCUCAUUUAUGUCUUCGAAGCAGGAAAGAUUGUGGAAGCUGGUAACCACACAGAGUUGAUGAGGAGGCGAGGCCGCUACUUUGAGCUUGUUAGUCUUCAGAGCUUGGAAGCGACAUCUUGA